AUGCAAGCUUUGUCAACUCAUCGAAAAGUGCCGGAGACUGGUCAACUCUUCACUGGCGCUCAGAAACUCGUUCUUGACGGAAUCGUGAAAACGCAAGCUUUGUCAACUCAUCGAAAAGUGCCGGAGACUGGUCAACUCUUCACUGGCGCUCAGAAACUCGUUCUUGACGGAAUCGUGAAAACGUUAAACGAGCUUCUCCUAAAGUCAGACAAUAAUGGAUUUAAUGGUGAAGAAACGCCAAUCAACGUCCUCCAAUUAUUCCCCGACAUCAAGCCGACCUCCGGAAACGGGUUC